AUGGUUACACCUCCGCCACACGAGAAGCCUUCAGAGGUGCAUCUAUCCCUGAAUGGAGCAUCAAAGCGCCGGACGCAAGCAGCAGCACUACAACAGGCAGCUACUGGCAAACUCCUAGAAGAGCUGGACGGCAGGCUGCUCGUGUACACGGAUGGCUCCGUGCUCUCCAAUGGAUCCGCAGCGGCAGCAUGUACCAUCCCAUCUGAGGGCAGGAGCAGGCAGUGCCGACUUCCUUUUCGCGCGAGCUCCACAGCAGCUGAGCUGGCGGGAUUCAACCUGGCUGCAGACCUGGCGGAGGACCCCCCGACAAAACCAGUGGCGGUGCUAAGUGACUCGCGACCGGCUCUCCAGGCACUCUCCGAUCACCAUCGAUGCGGAGUCACUGAGACCCUCCUGAGAGCAAAAAUCUCGGCCCUCUGUGCAGUGGGGGUAGCCAUCUCCUUCCACUGGCUGCCUUCCCACGUAGGGAUCGCUGGAAACGAGGAGGCGGAUGUCCUUGCGAAGGCCGCCCACCACCCGACCGUUCCACUUACCAGAGCAGUCGCAGCAUCGUACUUCUCCAGGCAGAGACUCAAACAGCUCCUCACAUCCAGCCAUCCGGAUAGCAGGGUAGCUACCAACCACGCCCCGAAACUCCUCCCUGAGAACGGCCUCUCGCAACGGGACCGUUCCACACUCCUUCGUCUGCGCACGGGCUCCGUGUGGACGGCAGCUAGGCUCCAUGCCAAGGGACGCAUCGCCUCGCCGGCUUGCAGAAGGUGCGAUGACGCUGAGACCCUCGAGCACCUACUCUGUACCUGUCUUGCAUUAGCCCAGGAGUGCGCUCCUGUCACUGCCACCUACCGACAGUAUGGACUCCCGGCUACCUCAGAGACACACCUGCUCUUCCCGGCCCGCUACCACCUCCCAGCACUGGCAAGCCUGCUUGAAUAUGUGUACUCAAACAGGCUCCUAGAUCGCCAAUAG